AAACUAAACAAAGCACAAACAAAUAGCAAGCAAACGGAGUUGAUAUCGAAAGCAACACAGGAAUACGCAUUGUACGCAUAAGUUUUAACACAAUUUGGUGCUUUUAGCCAACAAUGAGUGACCGAACAAGUGAUGCAGUGGGUGUUUCCAAUGAUUCAGAAACACCAGACACUUCUGCAAUCGACAAAGAAGCAACAAACGAUCCGACCAGCAGUUGUCGUACACAGAGUAGCGAAAUGGAAGAAAAACCACACAUAGGUGUUCCGAAAACAUCCUUUUCCAUCAAUCCCACCUAUGUUCCAGAAGGGCCGGAAAGCGAUUCGUGUUGCUCCACACGAAAUAAGCUCAAGCUUCGCAAGGAUCUUCGUGCGGAGACACGUCCAGCGCCGUACCUCAAAGUACGACCGUCAGCAUUGCUUACAUCUCGAUUGCUAGAAGCUGUCUCACUCAACAACGCUGAAAAGGUGAAGGAAAUGAUACAACAAGGAAUGUCGGCCAACACGUUUGAAUGUUUUUUCAAUCGGUCAGCGUUGCAUAUUGCCUGUAGCAGAGGUUACCGGGACGUGGUCCAGGUUUUGCUGGAGAACAACGCCAAUCCGAACAUUCGCGACAAAAAUCUAAACACUCCGCUUCAUUUAGCCGCCAGUACGGAAAACGUAGAGGUGGUCCAGCUGUUGCUCGACUAUGGCACCAACGUAUUGCUGCGCGAUUCGAAUGAUUUACUUGCACUGGACUUUUCCAUCGGUAAAUUGCGACUGUCGGAGCGUAUUAUAUCUAAAAUGCAAACGCUAACGGAGAGCGACAUACAUAAACAUCGGGAAAAAACUGUUGAAAUUUGCGAACGAAUCUUUGCCGUUUUUAAGCGGCAGAUUCGGACACAGCGGCACGAAUUCGAUCAGGCAAAGCUGGAACAAAUGCUGAACGAUUUUUCCGAACAACUCAACAAAGUGCGUCAGCGCAAGAUCGAUUUGGAUACGCUCGUUGACCAAAUCGGUAACCUUAAGGUACAACACGAAAUCGAUAGCGAUGUCAGUACGUUGCUCUCAACGCUGCAAAAGUUUACCCUGUAAGCUAAGGUACAAUAAUGAUUUGCCGGUUUAAAACCCGCAGACAACAUUCCACAUGGGGCGGAACGUGAUUACUUUUGUCUUUCGUUAUUUUUCUGUUACAAGCGUUGUAUAUAUUAUAGGUAUUCUUUUUCGGUUCAUCCACGAUGUACAUAAACCGUUCAUUACAAUAAAUAUUGAGCCAUGAAUUUCUAAACGACA